AUGAAGCCACCCCUCACCCGUAGCCAAGAGCACUCACCGGAGAGCCAUCCAGCGCCGCUCGCCAUCGUCCAGGGGCCGGAACAGGGGAGGCUCGAUUGGAGCUCGGCCAACACGCAACACCAGCACGCGCGCCCGUCGCGAGCCCGACCACCGCGCUGCACGCAGCAGCAGAAGCUCACGCGCCCGCCGGCGAGGCGCCGCGCGCCGCCCGCGCCCGCUGGACCGCCAGAUCUGGCCGACCUCAGACCUCGCCGCCACCGCAGCCACGAGCGCGAGCCGCCCCGUGCAGCCCACCGCGCCGCCACCAAGCCCUCGCUACCCCGCCGACAGGGCCCGCCGCCGCGCCUCCGCAGCCCGCACCAGCGCGACGCACCGCCGUCCCGCGCCAAUAGCCUCCGAGCGGGGUUAAGAAGAGCCCCGCCGCCACCGGCGGCGGCGGGCUUUCCCCGACAGCGUAGUCCGGCGGCGGCGAGGGAGGGAAGGGACGAGGGGAGGCCCGAAGCCGGUCCAGUAAACUGA